CUCUCUCCUCUCUUUCUCUUUCUCUAUCUCUCCCUUCUCUGCGGCAGCCGGCGGCGCAUCGAGAAUUAAUUACAGCCAAAUCCAUGUAGCUAAUCAACAGCUGCAUAGAGGAAGCAAUUCUCCCUGAAUAUUUUCCAAAAAGUAAUUGAAGAAAUGGAAGGGGGAUGGGUUGGAUUGAACAACAAUGGUUUUGAAUUCUUCAAUACUCCGGCUGUGAUGGAAGCAUUCGUCGACAUAUUGGUUUGUGCGGUCCCGAUUUGGGUGGCGGUGAUGAUCGGCUUGCUGAUCGGCUGGUCGUGGCGUCCCCGGUGGACCGGUUUGGUUUUCCUCGGUUUCCGGUCCAAGCUCCGGUUUAUUUGGACCAUUCCGCCGGGGCUCGGCGCUCGGAGAUUCUGGCUUGCGUUCACGGCGCUCUCCGCCUUUUCACUCUGCCGUGGUCUUUGGUUCCGGUCCCGCGGCAUGAGCCGAAAGCUGGAGAAGUCGUCGUCUCAGGAGCUCCUUGACUCGGCUUCGAAUUCGGCGCCGUCUCCGGCCGCCGCCGUCGCUCAGGACUCGUCCGCCGUCGAUAAUGGUAACCACGGUGAUGUCAGGCCUGUAACGGAAUCGGUAGAUGAAGAUUUAAAUAGUGUGACAGAUAAAGAUCUGGAACACCUAUUAAAUCUUCUUAAUGGAAAAGAUUGCGAAACGGGAUGGCAAAGCCUAAUGGAGCGCUCCACUUCAAACAUGGCAUACCAAGCUUGGCGCUCUGAACCCGAGAUGGGGCCGACAGUGUACCGCAGCAGAACAAUUUUUGAGGAAGCAACUCCUGAGCUUGUGAGAGAUUUUUUCUGGGACGAUGAAUUUCGUCCUAAAUGGGAUCCGAUGCUUGCUUACGUCAAAAUACUCGAAGAAUGUCCUAAUACAGGAAUGAUGGUUGUCCAUUGGAUUAAGAAGUUCCCUUUCUUCUGUAGCGAUCGAGAAUAUAUCAUUGGUAGAAGAAUAUGGGAAGGAGGAAGAAAUUAUUAUUGUGUGACGAAGGGAGUACAAUACCCAACUUUGCCGAGGCGUGACAAACCAAGGCGUGUGGAUCUUUAUUUCUCAAGUUGGGUUGUCAAGCCUGUUCAAUCACGUAAAGGAGACGGCCAAUUAACCGCAUGUGAGGUUAACCUCGUUCACUACGAAGACAUGGGAAUCCCAAAAGACGUAGCCAAGCUAGGCGUCCGCCACGGGAUGUGGGGGACCGUGAAGAAGUUACACUCCGGUUUCCGAUCAUAUCAAACUGCUAGAAAACUCGAGGCUUCACUAACUAGGUGCGCUCUCAUGGCAAAAAUCACAACCAAAGCUCCCUUCGAAGAAGAACAACAAGAGGAAGAAGAAGGCUCGGAUAAUAACGCCGAGCAAGUAGUACAUUGUGAGGAAGAAAGGAGUUUGUUAGUAGCAAAGGAGGGGCGGAGGGAUGGUGGUGGGAUUGACUGGAAAUGGGUGGCUAUUGGCGGCACUGUGGCGGUCUUUUGUGGGCUUCAAACGGGGUUCAUUGGCAAAGCUUUGUUGAUUGGUGCGGGGAAUAGAAUUGCUCGGAGAGGAGGUAAUCGAUCCUAGGUGAGACGAUUUGCUUCGAUUUUUUAUUUAUUAAUGAUGCUUUGAUUGUUUGAGCAACUAUACAUACUCUUUGCUUUUCAUGUGUGUGUAUGUAUGUAUAUCUUUGUAAGCAGAGGAUUCUAUACUCUAUUGUUUGAUCCCUUAUUAAGGAAGCUCCUCAAAUAAAGUAACUGACAUAUAAUUUUAUAUGCAU